AAGGGGAUCCAACAAAUUAUUUAACAAACUUUAAAAGAGGCACAGUUUAUCUUGCCUUAGGUAGAGCUAGAUUAGCUUUACAAGACUUUGGAACAGUUCUAGAAUUAAAACCAGAUUUCACAGCAGCUCGACUACAAAGAGGAAGUGUGCUAAUGAAGCUUGGAGAGUAUGAUUCUGCUUAUUUAGAUCUUUAUAAUGUGCUAUCAGUAGAUCCAUAUAAUGAAGAUGCAAAUGUUUUAUUUCAACGAGUACAUCCAGCUCAAGAAUCAUUCAUGAUUGCCCAUGAGUUGAAACAAAUGAGGAACUUUGAUGGUGCUAUUAGAGAAUUAACAAAUUUGUUAGAAAUUUCACCUUGGUCAUCAGAAAUUCGUCAUCUAAGGGCUGAUUGUUAUUUAGAACAGGGUGAAGUUUUGAGUGCUGUAUCAGAUUUGCGUGCCAUAAAUAGACUUCAGCAAGAUAGUAUAGAAGGAUAUUUUAAACUUAGCAAAUUACUGUAUCAAGCAGGGUUUGUGGCUGAAUCUUUGAAAGAAAUAAGAGAAUGCUUACGACUUGAUCCAGAACAUAAAGACUGUUUUCCAUUGUAUAAGAAAAUUAAAAAGAUAGAUAAAUUUUUAAAUACAGCUGAACAUUCUUUAGAAAGUGGAAACUUUGGGGAAUGUAUAGAACAAGCUGGAAAGGUUUUAAAAGCUGAAGAUACAGUUAUUGAUGUUAUAUUUAAUGCCAAGAAACUCCUGUGCAGUUGCUAUGUUAAGGAUGAACAAUACACAGUUGCUAUUGGCACUUGUAGAGCUGCAUUAGAAAUUCAUCAAGAUCCAUCGAUAAUGUGUGAUAGAGCUGAUGCUUAUAUUGGGACAGAAAUGUAUGAUGACGCCAUCCAUGAUUAUAAAUCAGCUUUGGAAAUAAAUGAGCAUGAUCAGAGAGCGAAAGAUGGGCUUUUGAAGGCUCAGAGGUUACAAAAGCAAGCUGAGAGGAGAGACUAUUAUAAAAUUUUAGGUGUAAAAAGAACAGCUACAAAGCAAGAGAUCAUUAAAGCUUAUCGAAAAGCAGCACAAAAAUGGCAUCCUGAUAAUUUCAAAGAUGAUGAAAAGAAAAUAGCAGAGAAUAAAUUUAUAGAUAUUGCUGCUGCAAAAGAGGUUCUCACUGAUCCUGAGAAAAGAGCUCAGUUUGACAACGGUGAAGAUCCUUUAGAUCCAGAAUCUGCAAAUAAUCACAGAGGAGGCGGUGGUUCACCAUUUCAUCACUUCCAUCAUGGAUCACCAUUUCAAUUUAAAUUCCAUUUCAAUUAA